AAGAAAUUUGAAAAUAUUAUCUGAAAAGAAUGAAACAAAAACAUUCCAUUCCAGAUCUACCGUCUCUCUCCACUUGACAACCCCCUUCAUUCACAUUCUCAAACCAACCCCACGCAAAACCCUUUCUUCCUUCUCGUUCGCCUCCGUCGUGCAACCCGAUUGUCGGCAACGUCACUGCAUCAAACCAAAGCCCCAAAUAUUGCUCGUUGUCGCGAUGGAGUUCACUGAAUCCUACAAGCAAUCCGGUCCUUCUUCUUUCUCUCCCAAUGCUCGUUUCUUAGCCGUCGCUGUCGAUUAUCGUCUCGUCAUUCGUGAUACCAUCUCUUUCAAGGUUGUGCAAUUGUUUUCAUGCUUGGACAAGAUUAGCUAUAUUGAAUGGGCCCUUGAUUCUGAGUAUAUUCUUUGUGGUCUCUAUAAAAAGCCAAUGAUACAGGCUUGGUCACUGAGCCAGCCAGAGUGGACAUGCAAGAUAGACGAAGGUCUUGCUGGUAUUGCAUACGCCAGGUGGAGCCCUGAUAGUCGUCACAUACUUACGACAUCAGAUUUUCAGUUGCGUUUAACAGUUUGGUCAUUGGUAAACACUGCUUGUGUGCACGUGCAGUUGCCAAAGCAUGCUUCCAAGGGGGUUUCCUUUACGAAAGAUGGAAAAUUUGCAGCGAUUUGCACAAGGCGUGAUUGCAAGGACUAUGUAAAUCUGUUAUCUUGUCACUCAUGGGAAAUAAUGGGCAUGUUUGCUGUAGACACUCUAGACUUGGCUGAUGUCGAAUGGUCACCUGACGAUAGUUCUAUAGUGAUUUGGGAUUCGCCUCUUGAUUACAAGGUCCUAAUCUAUUCUCCAGACGGAAGGUGUCUUUUCAAGUAUGAAGCAUAUGAAAGCGGAUUAGGAGUUAAAAGUGUGUCGUGGUCUCCUUGUGGUCAGUACCUGGCAGUGGGUAGUUAUGACCAGAUGCUGCGAGUCCUGAAUCAUUUAACUUGGAAGAAAUUUGCAGAGUUUAUGCACCCAUAUGCUGUCCGUGGCCCUUGUUAUGCUGCUGUUUUCAAGGAGGUAGAUGAGCCUCUGCAACUGGAUAUGUCCGAACUAUGUUUGAGUGAUGAUUUUUCUCAUGGAAACGAUGAUUCUUCAGAACGAGCUAAUACAGUCAGGUACGAGGUUAUGGAAGUACCGAUCAAUUUACCAUUCCAGAAGCCUCCUGCUGAGAAACCUAAUCCCAAGCAAGGAGUUGGCAUUUUGUCAUGGAGCAACGAUAGCCAAUAUAUAUGCACUCGCAAUGACAGUAUGCCUACAGUGCUUUGGGUAUGGAAUAUUCGACAACUUGAGCUUACUGCAAUCUUAGUGCAGAAGGACCCUAUCAGAGUGGCAGCUUGGGACCCGACAUGCACUCGCCUUGUUUUUUGCACUGGAAGCACACACUUGUACAUGUGGACCCCGUCUGGUGCAUUUUGUGUUCGUGUUCCGCUACCGCAAUUUUCAAUUACGGACCUGAAGUGGAAUUCUGAUGGCAGUUGUCUGCUCCUUAAGGAUAAGGAGGUAUUCUGCUGUGCUGUUGUACCCUUAUUGCCAGAAUCUAGUGAAUACAGCUCAGAUGAAUGAUGCUUACAAGGGAGGAAAACAAAACUAUGGUAAAUAUUAACAUCCAUCUCUAUCUUUAUGCAUGUGGUAGAUAAGUGUAUCUAAGGUUUAAGAUCAUAUAGAAACCUGCAGUUGUAAAUUCAAAUUCUAUGGCAGUGUCUCUACUGCUUGUCAAAAUAGUGCAUCUUGUUGACUGUGAUGCCAUUUAUUUAUGAACUAUAUUUGGACACAAAUCCGACGCCAUGAUAAUAUUUAGUGUUAGUCAGACUCCGAGGAGAGAGAAACAUUUAAUAUAAAAAUGAAAACAUCAUAUAGAUGGCUAUAUUCAAUCGCUGUAAUUUUUUCAAAUUAUUAUAGGUUUUUAGGUAUGAGUGUCAUUUCUGGUGUUUGUCUCUGGUCGUGCUUCGUAGUUCUUUACAAUUGAUUUUGUUAGUUGUCCACAAUGUCAAGCACCAAAAAAAAGGUUUGCUCCAUAUUAUGUUUACACUGGAAGAUCUAUAGGUGGUGGAGGGUUGCCUCCAAUUGGAGAUAUUAUUGGGUGGCUGGUUUAGGUGCUGUUGGAGCUUCGCUUAAUUUUGGUCUUCAGUGAGGAUAUUAUUAUUACAUUUUAGUGCAAACUGAAGCUUGUAUCUUAGGAACUCAUUCAUUGUAUUUGUAUAUAUGCAAGUUGAAGCUUUAUGAAUGAGAUUGAGCAUGUUCUAAUCUUA